CGAUUCCACGAUCGGAAGCUUCUCCGCCGCUCUCCUCUGUUUUCCUUCCCGACGAAGCAGCGGCAGCAGCAGCAGCAGCUGCAACGACUCCUCACCCAAAUCAAACCAAACCAAUCCGCCGCUCACUCCGCCGUCAUCUCCGACCUCCUGGGAUCUCAGCCGCCAAAUCCGGGCCGUGCUCGCGCUUGGGCGUCUGCCGCCUCCGAUGGGGAGCGAGUCGGAGCCCGCCAAGGGGCUGCUGCCCUACCUGCAGCGCGCCGACGAGCUGCAGAAGCACGAGCCCCUCGUGUCGUACUACUGUCGGCUCUACGCGAUGGAGAAGGGGCUCAGGAUACCCCAGAAGGAGCGCACCAAGACCACAAACUCCAUCCUCAUCUCCCUCAUGAACCAGCUCGAGAAGGACAAGAAAUCAUUGACUUUGGGGCCUGACGACAAUCUUCAUUUGGAGGGAUUUGCAUUAAAUGUCUUUGCUAAAGCAGAUAAACAGGACCGUGCUGGACGAGCUGACAUAAACACUGCUAAAACCUUUUAUGCUGCAAGCAUCUUCUUCGAGAUUCUUAACCAGUUUGGCGAGCUUCAACCUGAUGUUGAGCAAAAACAGAAAUAUGCCAUCUGGAAAGCUGCUGAAAUAAGAAAAGCUCUCAAAGAAGGCCGGAAGCCUGAAGCUGGACCACCUGGUGGGGAUAAAGAUGAAGCGCCUGUCAAUACCACCACCAUUUCUCAGGAUAUGGGGCAAAGUCCUUCCUUCAAUGUACACCAGGGCAGUGAAGCCUCACCUCGACCUGUCAACAUGGAUUUUAGUAGGCGGGAUAGCUUUUCUGCUGUGCAGCCAGGAAAUAAUGUGCCUCGCCAAAGUACAGAGUUCAAUGAUCAUCCCUCUACCCAGUUACCUUAUUCACCCCCACCACCCUCACAAUCUCAGUAUCCUUCUCCAUCACAAUCUUAUUCCUCUCCCUCGUACCAGGCAACAGAUUACCCUUCUGAUUUACACACACCAUCCCCCAAUUUUUCAUCUCCCCCCUACACAAGCACAGAUCAUCCUACCAAUGAGGUCCACAAACCACCUUCCAAUUAUUCCCCACCUCCUUACACCAGGACAGAUCACCCUUCCAGUGAUGGCUACAAUCCUCACAGCAAUGAUAAACCAGAUGUUUCGGCUUACCCUCAGGCAUACCAACCCCCACCCUACACAAUUGACCCUCAGCACACCUCUCAAAACUACUACUCCACCGAAGCCCCAGCUGCUCCAUACAACUACCCUAAUUUCCAGUCAUAUCCAAGUUUCCAGGACAGCACGGCACCUUCUGUCCCAACACAUCAAUCUUCAUUUUAUCCUGCAAGUGAUGGCCCUGCAGCUACAUCAUACACUCCUGCAUCGAAUUCCUCUGCCCCUACACACUACCUCUCAACUGCUGAGUCUUCACCUCAACUUGCUCCUCCAGCUGUGCCACCAGCUAGCCAGUAUAAAUAUGAUAGCAGUUACCAGCCAGAAGUUGAGAAGAUUGCUGAGGCUCACAAGGCAGCCAGAUUUGCUGUCGGUGCUCUUGCAUUUGACGACGUAUCUGUUGCUGUGGAUCACCUGAAACGUGCACUGGAUCUUCUGACAAACCCUUCCGCUGAACCUCAUUAGCUCUUUGCAUCACCGUGCGUGCUCUUGUCAGAAGCAUCAUCUGUACAUAUACAAGAUUGGUAUACCACCCAUGGGAUAUUGCCAGUUUGCAUACAUACAAGACAGGGGUUACCACAUAAAUCUAGGAGAUAAUAAGCGAGCCGUGUGGGCUUUUGAAGUGACACUUACAGGAAUUGUCAAAUUCAAUUAUUUUAUUCAGAGUUUUGUGCUACGUAACCCAUCGUAUUCAUUCAUUUGCAUAUUCUUGAGGUCUGGUAUGGUAUUUUGGGUUUGGAUUGUUGA